UAAGAGUAUAUAUAAACCUAUGAAUGCCUACAUACAUACAUUUGCUUCAGAUGCAGGCAACAAAUCAAGAAUCAAAGAUGCAGGCGUUCGCUAGUCUUAUACUACUCGCUCUGGCAUGCGCCACUGAAGGUGCUCCAUCUCCUCAUAUCGUCGGCGGUAACGAUGCUCCCAUCGGCAAAUAUCCAUAUCAAAUAUCAUUAAGAUAUAAUAAUGGCUCGCACAUAUGCGGUGGAUCUAUCCUUGAUAAAGUUAACAUAUUAACCGCAGCACAUUGUGUCAUCGGAAUGGAAAAUGAGCUGAAUAAUCUAAAGGUUCAUGCCGGUACAAACUCUUUGGAUAAAUCAGGAGAUGUCUAUGAGAUUGAAAGUUUUAGCAAAGCAGACUACGACGACAUUUCACUCAUUAAUGACAUUGCUGUGAUUCAUCUUAAAUAUCCUAUCGCGUACAACACAACAUUUGUCAUGCCGAUAAAUCUUGCGACAUCCGAUAAAGACCUUGAAGGCAAGCCGUGCACAUUAACCGGAUGGGGAAGUACACGGUUUGGUGGAAAUUGUUCUAAUAACUUACAAGAAAUCAAGUUGAAAGUUUAUCCGCAGAAAGACUGUAAAGCAGUACAACGAAAAGUGAUAGAUAGUCACAUCUGCACUUUGACUAAGGAAGGAGAAGGAGCAUGCGACGGUGAUUCUGGUGGACCGUUGGUGGCCAAUGGAGUCCAAAUUGGAAUCGUUUCCUUCGGUAAUCCUUGCGCACUUGGAUACCCAGACAUUUACACAAGAGUGACCAGUUUCACAUCUUGGAUCGCUAAGAAUAUGAAGGAAUCUCCAUCUCCUUAUAUCAUUGGCGGUGAUAAAGUUCCCAUCGGCAAAUUUCCGUAUCAAGUGUCACUGAAAUCAAACGGCUCGCACGCAUGCGGUGGAUCUAUCAUUGACAGUUUGAAUGUAUUAACUUCAGCAUACUGUGUUGUCAGAUUGCAGUGUUCACUGGAUAUCGUAAAGGUCCAUGUCGGCACAAACUUUUUGAGCAUACCAGGAUUUGUUUAUGACGUAUCCAGUAUUACCGUCCACCAAAAUUAUGACGAUUAUUUACUCGUUAAUGAUAUUGCCAUGAUUCACCUUAAAAAUCCUAUUAGAUUUAACAAGCUAGUAAAGCCAAUUAAACUUCCGACGAAAACAUCUAAUUUUGAAAAUUUUGAAGGCCAGUCAUGCACAUUAUCCGGAUGGGGAUCUACAGCGUUUAAUAAUCCAAAAAAUGUGUCAAACAACUUGCAAGAAAUUAAGGGAGUAGUUUAUUCGCAGAAAGAGUGCGCGAAAAAACAUUGGAAUUUGAUAGAUAGCCAUAUCUGCAUUUCAUUGUCAAAAAAUAACACAGGACCAUGUUACGGCGAUUAUGGUGGUCCUUUGGUGGCCAAUGGAACUCAAAUUGGAAUCGUUUCCUUUGAACAUCCUUGCGCGGGAGAUAGUCCGGAUAUUUACACAAGAGUGUCCAGUUUCCUAUCUUGGAUCGCUACGAAUUUGGAGAAUUAAAAUGAAAAAUACCUAUCACUUACUUUAUUUAUUAAAAUCUAUAUGGGAUCUUAUGUGGUUUAUAAUUUAAUCAAUUGUAUAGCAUAGUAUAGCAUAGUAUAGUAUAGUUUGAGCAAAAUUAUUUCUGCAAAUUAUAUGCUUCUUCUAUCAGUUAAAUAAAUUGUCAAUGCCAAUAGCAAAAUGAAAA